GCAAAGAGAAUUUGGAUGGAAGGCCCCAUUUGUGCUUUGCUGCGCGGAAGUCCCCCCCAAAUAGCUCUUCCCCGGGGGGCUGCUCCCGUCCAGCCUCGCCGCUUCCUGCUCGCGAUCCGAGCGUGCAUCACGCGAUCCCGACAGAGGCGAAGUCCCCACAGAUCCCUCCCACCAAACCACCCGCCCGCGGCUCCAGGCAUUCCCCGGGCAGCCCGGCCGGGCCAGCUGCACGCAGGCGGGGAAGGAGGCGGCGCUGCAGGGCGGGGGGCGCGGCCCAGAGCCGGGCCGGGGGAAGUCGGGGCGGCUUGGCGCGGUGGCUGCGGGCUGAUCUGCAGCAUCCAGCAAUGGGAUUCAGAUGAACCUAUCCCGCGGUCAGAAUUGCUGGCGGGGGUGGCUGGGAAGCAUGGUCUGCUCUGUCUCUUGUCUGACCGGAUAGACAAAGAGGUCCUCGAUGCAGCAGGGUCCAACCUUAAAAUAAUCAGCACAUUGUCUGCGGGUUUUGACCAUCUGGCUCUAGAAGAAAUUAAAAAGCGUGGGAUCCGUGUGGGAUACACCCCGGACAUCCUGACGGACGCCACGGCCGAGCUCUCGGUAGCUUUGCUCUUAGCUACAUGUCGCAGGCUGCCGGAGUCAGUGGAGGAAGUGAAGAAUGGUGGUUGGACAACAUGGAAGCCUCUGUGGAUGUGUGGGUACGGGCUGUCCGAUAGCACUGUAGGAAUCAUAGGGCUGGGAAGAAUAGGACAGGCAGUGGCACGCCGUUUAAAGCCAUUUGGGGUCAAGAAAUUUUUGUAUACGGGAAGUCGCCCAAAACCGGAGAGUGCCGUGGAGUUUCAAGCCGACUUUGUCCCACUUGCCAAGCUAGCAGAGGAGUCAGACUUUGUUGUUGUUACCUGUUCCUUAACUCCUGACACUAAAGGAAUGUGCAACAAGGAUUUCUUCAGCCGAAUGAAGAAAACGUCUGUGUUCAUCAACACAAGCAGGGGAGCGGUGGUGAACCAGGAAGACCUGUACCAGGCUUUGGUUAGUGGCCAGAUUGCAGCUGCUGGUCUGGAUGUCGCAACCCCAGAGCCGCUGCCUACAGAUCACCCUCUCCUUUCCCUGAAGAACUGUGUGAUUUUGCCUCACAUUGGAAGUGCUACCUAUGCCACCAGAAGCGCCAUGGCUGUGCUGUCUGCUAACAACCUCCUGGCUGGCUUGAAAGGGGAAAGUAUGCCAAGUGAACUCCAGCUGUGACGAGAAGAGAAUCCCCAGAACAUCGCUAGCUAGGCCAGGUCAUACCUUAAAAAUGACCAUUUUCUCUUAGCCCAGAGAAGCAGAAUAGAUCCUGACUCAUUCCUGCUGUUAAGUUGGUGUAUGUGUCUGUCGUUCUGCAAGUAGAACUUAUUAAACCAGGCUUGAGUAACA